CGCAACGUUUCCCAUUGACCAGACAUCCCUUCCGGUAGAUGAGGUCAACUUUUCCCUAGAUCCGCCAUUUCAGUCCAUGAGUUUCUUGUUGCACAUUAGUUUUGAGUAUUUUUUUGUUAUUUUAACGUUUAAGAAGUAGAGAAUUCAAGUUUAUGACGCAGCAUUAAUUCAGUCAAUUUAAGAGGACUGACGCUGAUAGUGGAAGUUGCCAAAGUUGUGGUGUUGUACUGUUUUUCCAGCGGCAGCGUUUGUCAUCCAAAGUUUUUGUAUGACUUGAGGAUAGGGAGAGGCGAAGGGGAAAGGCCUCAAGCCUCGGGCAGGAUUUAACAGACAUGGCCGGUAAUUUUGAUGCAGAAGACCGUGCUGCUUGGUACUGGGGAAGGCUAAAUCGCCAAGAAGCGGUUUCUCUUUUACAGGGACAGAGGCAUGGCGUUUUCCUGGUCAGAGACUCGAUAACCAGUCCUGGUGAUUACGUGCUGUCCGUUUCGGAGAACUCCAAAGUGUCCCAUUAUAUAAUCAACAGCGUCAGUAACAACAGGCAGUCGGGCUCAGGUUUGGCUCCUCCUCGAUUUCGAAUUGGGGAUCAGGAGUUUGAGGCUCUGCCGACCCUGCUGGAGUUUUAUAAGAUCCACUACCUGGACACCACUACACUUAUAGAGCCCAUAAGUAAGGCCAAGCAAACAGGUUUCAUCAACUCCUCCUCUGUUGGUGUUUCGCAGCAACCUCAGGAGGCAGAAUAUGUCAGGGCGCUGUUUGACUUCCCUGGCAACGAUGAAGAGGACCUCCCCUUCCGAAAGGGUGACAUCCUGCGUGUUUUAGAGAAGCCUGAGGAGCAGUGGUGGAAUGCUGCUAACCAGGAGGGCCGAGCCGGAAUGAUCCCCGUGCCCUAUGUAGAGAAGUAUCGGCCUGCCUCACCCACCGCCACCGGCCUGAGUUCCCCAGUUGUAGGGGCUGGACAGGGUGUAGCGGGCAGCACUGAUGGAACAGCUUCCCCUAUAGUCAACCCUUUGGGAGACCCAGGCCAAUAUGCUCAGCCAGUGGUCAGCACUCAGCUUCCCAACCUACAGAACGGGCCUGUAUAUGCUCGAGCCAUUCAGAAGAGGGUGCCUAAUGCCUACGACAAGACAGCACUUGCUCUGGAGGUGGGAGACAUGGUAAAAGUGACCAAGAUUAACGUGAACGGCCAAUGGGAGGGUGAAUGCAAGGGCAAGCGAGGCCACUUUCCCUUUACCCACGUUCGUCUGUUGGAGCAACACCGUCUUGAGGACGAGAGCUGAGAAACACAGACUCCUAACACCUUGACAGUGUCCAGCACAUCGCUUCUCUUUUGGCCAUUUUCUCAUGCUUGCAAAGAGAAAUGGUUUCUAUAAGCACCCAGUAUAUGAACUUAUGAGCUAAGCUGAACAAGCUCUCCUGACCCUGCUAACGCAAGACGUGUUGGGUGUUCUUGCCUAAUGUUAUUCUGAUGGACCUCUUACACUAAGGUCAGAGUAAUAUCAAUUUGCCUAUAUUAGUGUUUGUUUUGGUUAGUUUUUUAAUCACUACCACUGCCACUGUUGGUUUCCCUCCCUGACUACAGCCACAUCAAAUUCUCCAAAACCUGCAAUGAAAUAUUUUAUUCAAGUAGAUAGCAGAAUUUAUUGGUAUGAAAGUUAGGGUGUGUUUUCAUAUCCAGAAACACAUGGGAAGAUCAAUUAUCAGUUUCAUCUUUGUGGAUCCAGCAGGUGACUGCAUGCUAGUGAUGGGUGGAUGAAACCUUAUGAAACUUUGAAGCUUUCUAUUCUAAAAAGCUUUGAUGCAUAAAACAAAACAGGCGCAGAGAAGUAAAAGUCUCAGAGAACAAAUCCUACAUAGAAAAUAUUUUUGGUGCCACUACAAAUUUAUGUACUUUAUUAGUGCCGUUGAACUUUGUGGUUGAUUUAUGUGACAUGCCAAUUGAUGUGACUGGAGAGAGAUGUUCUUUAAAUUCUUCCUUGAUACCUGAUGGAUAUGUUCUCAUACUUGUCUUUCUAGUGUAUAUUGCCAUUUUUCUCAUUGAUUUCCUUAUUUCAUGAAAUGUGCCUGGUGUAGCUGCAAAACUCUGAACCUCCAGUAACAUUUGACGCUUCAGACAUUACCGGUCACGUUGGUAUUCUUCAUUUGAUUCAAGCCCCAACACCUUAUUGAAACAGUGCUUCGCUGGAGCAAAGCCAGCUUCAGCGAUUCAGUAUCAUCCGCCCAUCUCUACUGUGCACAGCAUCUCAGUAGAAACUGUUAAUGGUAAAGUAAUUGAACCAGUUUGAACCAAAAGAGUGAAAUUGAGUGUGAUUAUGAGAAAAAUUGGUUAAAUCAGAACGGACAGUAUUAGGCAGCAGUAACUGGUAUCAGUUGACGCACCACACAUACGCAGCAGAGUAGCCUACUCUUCCCUUCCUGCAGUCACUGUGCAUCCCCACCCUCUAAAUUUUAUUCCCACACAUAAGAGAGAAAAAUCAGUUGCGCACAGGAGACACAACUUGGCUUCUCUCACAGAAUCAUGAAUCGAUGAGUUUUUGGACUGCUAGACUGUGAACCUCUGAGUGAAGCAAGCAAAGGCUUUUCCUAAUGACAGUCUUUUCACAGACACAAACUUGUUCCUUUCUACUCACACUACAAACCAUGUCCUCUUUACUAAAAGUGAAAAAUAUUAUGAUGCAAUUGACUAUAUGUAUACACACGUGCUAAAUGCUGUAAACAUUUCCUUUUUUUUUUGUUUUUUUGUUACCAGAAAGUGUAUACCUGUUAUUUUGUUUCUCUUUUAAAACACUAUUCAGUGCAGUGACUUCAAAUGCAGCAGCAUGAAAGGACACGAUAAGCAUCAUCUAAUGGAGGAAGGCAAUGUCCCCUGAAUCUGUUUAACCCUAACCCUAGAGCAAUUAAUAGAUGGGUGACAAAGGAAAAACUAACACAAAGAGUCUCAGUAAAGUGUUGGGCCCACUAUGUGCUCUGAACUCCACUGGAGUGAUGAACACCAUUCCUUCAAAAGAUAUUCCCUCAUUUGGUGUGUUGAUAACAGUGGUGUAGAGUCUAACACUUCGGGCCAAAAUCUCCCAUUGGUGUUCAACUGGGUUGAGAUCAUGUGACCAUGAAGGCCAUAGCACGUUUCACAUCAUAUUCAGGCUCAUCAAACCAUCCAUCGUAUAGACGGGGACAUUGUCAUUCUGGAACAGAUCACUCAUUUUAUCACUCGUCUGCAUGUGUAACCGAUAAGACAGCCAUUAAGUCACUUAAUGUAAAAUAAUUUCUUGUACCACUAAGAUGCAAUGCUUGACACUUGCUGUAGAUUAGUUUCUCAUCAGCUUUUCCACAUUGAAAACACAUGCUGUUAUUGCACACAAAGCUGUUUUUUUAAACACACAGAGACAGUGAAUGUUUCUUGUAUGCUGGCAAUGCUAAGCCGCAUUAUGAACUUGGUAAGCAACAAACCCCAGCUGCACAUGGAAGUUGUUUUUUGUCAGUCACUGAGGAGGAUCUGCUGAUUUACAUCCUCUCUACCUCAUGUCUCAUUGGAAAAGAUGAGGAAUUUAAUGGGAAAUCACUGAGGCUCAGUCAGUAUUGUUUUUGAGAAGUGAAAAUUAACAACGUGCAGCCAGAUAGUUUCUACAGCACUCACAUAAAUACAUUUUUAAAGGUGUUUUCUUUUUCGAAUCACAAGUUCAGUAAAGUCCUGGGGUCAGAUGUAUAAACAAUGCCUAUGACCAUAAAUCAUUCACAUGGCAGUUGUCACACAUUUACAGUAAAGAGCACACAGUGAGAAGGUGUACAUCUCACACGUGUGUCAAAACUGAGCUUAAUUUGUCAAGCAUAAUUUGGAAAAAAGGCUGAGGAAGUAAAUAUAACAAGUAUUUUAGAUUAGGGGCCACUUGGCAUGAAUAACUUUUGUGCUAAAAGUAUCUGCAGUUAUAUAUUAGAUGCAGUCAAAUGCAUAUUUAUGUUUUGUUUCCUUUGGUGUUCUCUAUGUUCCCAUGUAUGCUAAUGGAGAACUUUGCCAGUGCAACUGACUUUAAAGAAAUUGCACUGUUUUACUGUUCUUUUUACUACCAUGUCAAAGUUUGUGUAGCACAUGGAGGCGCUGAUUUACGAGCAUUUGAUUAAGGUUGCAGAUAACUGUGAGAGUAGGGAUCAGGUGGGUGUACCUGCACACAACUUUACAGUAAAAUAUAUGAAACAUGAAAAUGUGCAGAUGUGUUUUCUACUUUUGUAUUAAUUAAGAAAGUCUGUCUUUAACCUACACAGAAUUUUUAUGCAUCUGACCCCAGAUGCCCAGAAAUGUAAUUUUGAGUUUACAGUGUUUUUAUAAAUUGUGAAAGUUUUCCUCAGUUUGUUAUUAUUGAUACUCAAAUUUAAGGAAAUUAUUUUUUGUAUGAUAUACUCAUGCCAUAUUUUUUAUUACUGUGAUAUGUUUAUUAUGAAUUCUGAGCUACACCUGUGGGUCAUGUAGUCCUGUGCAUAUUAAUAAACAUAUGCAAUAGUUGAGUCCACAUUUGUGUGUUUGUGUGUGAGGGUAAAACACUUAAACCCAUUCCAAAAUAUCAGAAUUGAUCACAGACUACCUGUGUACAGUUUACAUGGACACACAGGUGACCAAUUUAACACUCAAUGACUUGGGGGAAGAAAAUAUUAAAAAUGAAUGACUGUUUUCACUGUGUGUUGUAAUACCUUUAUGCAAAGUGUUGAUUGGGUAAUGCAUUCAGAUGCAUGGUACUAAUUCUUGCCUUUGAGAGAAAAUAAUCUCACUUCCAUGGAUGGAUUAUAAGAAUGGGCCCCAGGGCACAGACAUGUAAGAGGUCCCCACCCUCCCACUUACAAGCAAGAUGCAGAGAUUGAUCUCUUUGUGGUUGUCUUGUGUCUUUUACUUCUUUAGUGUCUCUUUGUAGUCAUUUGACUGACUUUCCAGUGAUAAAUGUUAACAGUCGCUUCAUUCAGAUGCUCAGCGGGCCCUGAGCCUGUGCCUGGUGGGCUUGUUCACUUAACCAUGUUUAUUUCAUAGUCAUAAAAUUAAUUGUAACUAUGUGACAGCAAUUAAAAAUGUCUUUUACACCACUGAAGAUUCACAUCACACCAGGGGCAGGGACAGGUGAGAUACUACAGUGAUACAAAAACCAGGAGGUUUUGACCAAUGUGUGGGCCUUUA